AAUAUAAUGCUGAUAUUUUACGACUAUUUUAUAUAUAUCUCAUUGCUUGUGUGCUUUAGAUCUGAGCUAAGGAGGGCCUGUUGGCCCUGACGGCUGACACAAAGUCCUCCUUAAUAAAAACCACAUCAGAGGAAAAUCUGCAGCUCAUAACAGGUAUCUAACACCCCCUUCUCCAUAACACUAAGGGGUGUUGGAAUCUGGUUAGGAGAAUCAAACUAGAAUCGAAGUGCUUCCAAGGUUGUGGUCUAGUACUGCUGGAAAUAUGGAUGAUUUUCCAAAGGUUUUGUGUGGGUGGAGCUGGGAGGAGAACAAGUUGUUUGAGCUCGCUUUGGCAGUGGUUGAUGAACAGGACCCAAAUCGGUGGGAAGUGGUUGCAGCCAUGGUUGGGGGCAACAAAAGUGCAGAGGAUGUCCAGAAACAUUAUGUGACCCUUUUGGAGGAUUUGCAGAUUAUAGAAUCUGGAAAGCUGGACCAUAAACUGGUGGAAACUCAGCCCUCUGUGGAAGUUGAUUCUCAAUCCAUAUGCUGGAGUGAUGAAGAUAACACUUGGAUUGCAGAUAUAAAGUUCUAACUCAAAAGCUUAACGACUUCUCUACUUCAUUUGUUGAUCUUUUGCCAAGGUAAAAAUGAUGCCUGCAUUAAAAGGUUCAUCUGUUUGAUUGUUUCCUUCAAAAUAGCUUGGAGUAAGUUGUUGGUCGAUUCAGAUAUUCUAUAGUUCUUAACUAAACUCCAAGGCCUAGAGUGAGAGAUAGACACAUUAAAAUGGGCCCAUAGCAUUUAAUGUCGUUUAAUGUUGUCUGAGCAAUUCUCUCAGACAACUAUAAAUACUAUAGGGUUCACUUCAUGUGCUUAUUUCUCUCCUAUUCUAAACUCUAGAGUUCUUGAGAAACUCUAAUGAGACAGCUUUCCUAUACAUCUGGUGUAAAACUUGAAAAACUGAAAAGAGAAUACAGAGAGCUCAUAAUCUUCAGCCAGAUGCCUUAUGCCUGCAAUCAGUAGCUGCUAGAGAUUAGUAGUUUGCUAGGUGUACGAUAUGGAUCCAAUCGUUUCAUCCAUACAUAUUUGAUGAAAUUAUCUUAAUUCAUUUGAGUCGAUUGGUUCUGUGUUUUACAAGUAAUUAUUAGGUAGUCUUGAAGUACGAACAUGGACUCAUAUCCUAUCAAUUCAUUAAAAAUAAUUGCAUAUAUAAGCAGUUUCAAUAACAUAACGUUUUGUGAUCGAGAUGGAGCACCACAUCAUCAAUAUUCCGAGAGUAUCUAAUAAUUUUCCAUUAUUCACGACGUCUUUUGGUUUCUGAUUUUG